AUGAAGGUUACUGAGCUUCCUGUAUCCGCGUUCCUCGACGGGUAUGGCUUUGUCACUUAUAAUACCACCAUAGAUAAAUUGAUUGUGGGUAAUAGUGAAGGUAUAGUCAAGAUUUUCAAUAUUGACGAACCUGAUUUAGAGCCAACUUCGAUUGAUAUUAUUGAGAAUUUGACAUCUUUAUCAAGCGAAGGGGACCGGCUAUUGGUGACCAACACAGCAGGUCAUCUUGAAUGUGUUGAUUUAUCGAAAAAUGAAUCUUUAGGGGUGAUUCAUAGAACAGAAUUACCUUUAAGAGAUUCAAUUUUUAUUAAUGAAGGGAAAAGAAUAUUAUGUGGAGGUGAUGAUAAUAAAUUAUUUAUUAUUGAUCAGGAAAAUGAUAAUGGUUUAUCUACAAUAACACUUCCAAACCAGUUUCUUAAUGUUUCUUACAAUUCAACGGGGGAAUUACUAGCUGUUAGUUUAUCAAAUCAAGAUAUUCAGAUUUAUUCGGUUAUAAAUGAAACUCCUAAUUUAAUUCAAACAAUACCUAAAGUUUUGAUUGAGAAUAUCAAAAUUUCAAUGGAUAAACCUGAUUAUGAAGAUGAAAGUACUUAUGCUGAACUUUUGUCAACUAAAACAGAAUGGUCGAUGAAUGGGGAAUUUUUAGCCAUUGCAACUAAUGAUAAUUCAAUCAACAUCUAUAAUCGGUCUAAUUGGGAAACUCCUUCUCAAACCUUGCACAAUGAUGAUAAGCCCGAGAAUGUCAAAAUAAUAGAUUUCCAUUAUUCACCUUUGAGAAAUGAUUACAUGGCCAUUCUUUAUGAUAAUGAGUCAAUCGAGUUUUUCAAUACCAAGUCGAGUGAAUUGGUAGAUACCAUUUCUUUCAAAGCUUCAAAGCCAACUAGUUUAACUUGGAAUAAGGAUUCCCUCUUUGUUGGUACAACAAAAGGUCAUUUUGUUAGAUUAUCAAAUGUUUCGUUUCCGGAUACUAAUGGUUCAAAUUCAAAAACUGCAAAAUUAUUCGUUAAUAAUGAAGCUGAAGAAUCAAAUGAUGAAGAAAAUGCCGAUGACGACGAUCUAGUAAAUGAGCCAAAUGGCAAACCAGUUUCCCAUUUGGAAGAUUCAAUGAUUAUAGAUGAAGACGAGGAAGAUCAAGAGGAUAACCCCAUGAAAUAUUAUAAUAAAGGUGCUGAUUAUAUCUUAGAUGAUUUAUCCCGUAAACGUCAGAAAACUUCAAACGGUUACAUUUCAAAAAUGAAUAAUCGUAAUCCAAUUCAACAGGAACAUGAAGAUAUCGCUCCCUAUUCAUGCGGUUCAACUCCAUGGGCAAAAUCUGAUACCGGAUCAAAUAAUUCACCCAAUAGAAGAUACUUGACUAUGAAUUCAACUGGUUAUGUUUGGUCUGUUAGAACAAAUCUUGGUGAUGGAAACUUAGAUCAACAACAAAGUAUUAGUAUAUCAUUCUUCGAUAGAAAGGAUAAUAAAGAUUAUUAUUUUACUGACUAUUCCGGAUAUGACUUGUGUUCAAUGAAUUCUAAAGGUCUUGUUUUGGCAACUUCUGGUUAUAAAGAAAAACACUCAAAUCAUAAUGGGAAACUUUUCUAUAGAAAUCAUGAUAGUAUUAACGAUUCCUGGGAUCGUGAAGUUCCCCUUUUGAAAAAUGAACAUCUUACUUCAGUUAGUAUUACUGGGACAUCAACAAGUAGAAGUGAUGGUUUCAUAGUGGUUGGUUCUAAUUUGGGUUACUUGAGAAUAUUUGAUUUUCAUGGACUUUGCUUAAAUAUCAUGAAAACCACUCCAAUUGUUACAUUAUCCAUAUCUUUUACUUCUGUUUUAUUCAUGAUUAAUCAAGUUUCACCUAAUUUAUUUACCUAUUCAUUAAUCGACCUUGAAGAUGGAUAUAAAUACAUCCAACAAAAUAUAUUUUUACCAUUGAAGAAAUCUACCAAUCCUUCAAAACCAUUAUUGAAAGGGGUAUUUUUCAACGAACAUAAUGAUCCUUGUUUAGUUGGUGGUAGCGAUGAUACUUUGUUGAUUUUAGAAUCUUGGAGAAAUACCAAUAAUUCAAGAUGGUUACCAAUAUUGAAUUGUCAUGACGUCUUAACUGAAAACGGUACAAAUGAAUCCAAAAAGCAUUGGAAAUGCUGGCCAUUAGGUUUAUAUCAAGACCAAUUGAAUUGUUUGAUUUUGAAAAACAAUCAACAAUAUCCAGGAUUCCCAUUACCAUUACCCAUUGAAUUAGAAAUCAAAAUCCCGUCAUCAGUACCGAAAGCAAAGAGCUCCGUCGAUGAAUUGUUCGAAUCUGACCCCAGUGAUAAGAAACUAGUUGAGACUAAACAAUCCGAAAAUGAAGCUGAAGAAACUUUCUUAAGAGUAAGCUCAAUGGGUAGGGUAGUUUUUGAAAGUUCUCAAGAUGAAGAAAUUAUGGAGGAUGAUGUUGCAAGAGACGAGAUCCAAGAAAGACUAGAAUUAUACUCAAACGAGUUCGAAAGAUCUUUAAUCAAAUUAUUUAUAUCGGCAUGUCAAGAUUCAAGAUUAUCAAGAGCUACAAGUAUUGCUAAAUUGAUGAGAAAAGAUCAAACAUUACUGGGGGCUGCUAAAGUUGCCGAUAGAAUGCAAUUUUCAAAUCUUGCACUUAAAAUCAAUAAAUUGAGAGAGAGUAUGAUGAGUUUUGAAGAUGAAGAAGACGAAGAAGAUCAAUAG